AGGGAGGCUGCUGAGGACGAAGGCUGCUGCUGGGGCAGUGGGUCUCGGGGGCAUGCUCUGAUCACAUCAGUAUCAAGGAUAUUGGUGCAUGUAACAUGGAAAUACUGCAGGAGGCGGACUGAUUCUCAACAACAGACACACUAUGACUUCUCCUCAUUAGACUGUAUGAGGAAUGAUAAAGAGUGUGAGUGGGAUACAAAACUAACCCCAUGUCACAAUGAUAGACAAUGGUAAGGCAUCAGCACAUUUUCAUAGUGCACUUGUGUGGAAUGCUAAGAGCUACUAUGAUUGCAAUACAUUAGCAUUUAUAAAUCCUCUGACAGGGAUCUGCCCACAGCGUUCAGUAAUAUACAGUAAUACAGUAAUAUGUACCCACAGGGCAAAGACUUCGAUAUUUCAACGUCUAGUUUUGAUUUACAUUUGGUUCAGUAGUCGACUAACGUAAAUUCAAUGAUAAAUAAACAACAACAAACAUCACUGUCAUUGGAUUUAAGUUAAAAGUUUGGUGGGAAAAAAAGACAAAAUGCCCUUAGGUUGAUUAUUUUUUUCGAAAUCUAUUCAGUUUUCCACGUUAAUUCAACAUAAACACAGAUUUGUUUUGAGAUUACAUUUAAAAAAAAAAAAAUUUUUUGCAAAUGUAUUAAAAGUUAAAAACAGAAAUACCUUGUUUAUAUAAGUAUUCAGACCCUUUGCUAUGAGACUCAAAAUUGAGCUCAGGUGCAUCCUGUUUCCAUUGAUCAUCCUUGAGGUGUUUUGACAACUUGAUUUGAGUCCACCUGUGGUAAAUUCAAUUGAUUGGGCAUGAUUUGGAAAGACACACCUGUCUAUAUAAGGUCCCAAAGUUGGCAGUGCAUGUCAGAGCAAAAACCAAGCCAUGAGGUUGAAAUAAUUAUCUAUAGAGUUCUGAGACAGGAUUGUCUUGAGGCACAGAUCUGGGUAAGGGUACCAAAACAUUUCUGCAGCAUUGAAGUUCCCCAAUAACACAGUGGCCUCCAUCAUUUUUAAAUAGAAAAAGUUUGGAACCACCAAGACUCUUCCUAGGGCUGGCCACCAGGCCAAACUGAGCAAUCAAGGGAUAAGGGCUUUGGUCAGGGAGGUGACCAAGAACCCAAUGGUUACUCUGACAGAGCUUCAGAGUUCCUCUGUGGAGAUGGGAGAACCUUCCAGAAGGACAAUUAUUUCUGCAGCACUCCACCAGUCAGGCCUUAUGGUAGAGUGGCCAGACGGAAGCCACCCCUCAGUAAAAGGCACAUGACAGCCUGCUUGGAGUUUGCCAAAAGGUGCGUAAAGACUCUCAGACCAUGUUAAACAAGAUCGGCCUGAAUGCCAAGCGUCACGUCUGGAGGAAACCUGGCACAUCCCUACAAUGAAGCAUGGUGGUGGCAGCAUCAUGCUGUGUGCAUGUUUUUCAGUGCCAGGGAGACUAGUCAGGAUCGAGGCAAAGAUGAACGGAGCAAAGUACAGAGAUCCUUGAUGAAAAUCUGCUCCAGAGAGCUCAGGACCUCACUCUGGGGGCGAAGGUUCACCUUCCAACAGGACAACAACCCUAAGCACACAGUCAAGACAACGCAGGAGUGGCUUUGGGACAAGUCUUUGAAUGUCCUUGAGUGGCCCAGCCAGAGCCUGGACUUGAACCCGAUCAAAUGUCUCUGGAGAGUCCUGAAAAAAGCAAUGCUCCCCAGCCAACCUGACAGAGCUUAAGAGGAUCUGCAGAGAAAAAUGGGAGAAACUCCCCAAAUUCAGGUGUGCCAAGCUGGUAGCAUCAUACCCAAGAAGACUCAAUGCUGUAAUCGCUGCCAAAGGUGCUUCAACACAGUGCUCAUUAAAGGGUCUGAAUACUUAUGCAAAUGUUAUUUUGUUUCUUUUAUAUAUUUUUUUUAUAAAUAAGCAAACAUUUCUUAAAUCCUGUUUUUGCUUUUGUCACUAUAGGGUGUGUGUAGAUUGAUGAGAAGAAAAAAAAACAAUUUAAUCAAUUUUAGAAUAAGACUGCAAAGUAACAAAAUGUGGAAAAAGUCAAGGGGUCUGAAUACUUUCUGAAGGCACUGUUUGUAUCAUCAUGCUUGAAAACAAAGACUUUAACCUUCAAGUGGAGGAGGAUAACCCCCCAGUGAGCCGACUAACUGCUGCCAGAGAUGAGUCCCACUGCUGAUAGGACCAGGGAGAAAAGGCCCGUCUGGACCUCCACAGUGCCGAGCCAGGACAGCCAUGGCCAAGAGAGACUACCUGGUGGAGGCAGCCAAGCAGAUCCGAAUGGCUCUGGACAGGGAGGUCAGUGAAGACUAUGAAGCUGCCUUCAGCUACUACAAGAAUGGGGUUGACCUGCUGCUCAAUGGAGUUCAAGUGGACCCUAACAAGGAGCGCCGGGAGGCAGUGAAGAGGAAGACUACUCAGUAUCUGAAGAGGGCCGAGGAGAUCUUUAUCUCCCACCUGCAGGACAACCUGGGGAAGGGGAACUCUCACUUAGGGGGUUACAGUAGUCUGAGAUUCCGGCCAAUCAGACACCUGAGCUGCCCAGUGGAGGAUCUGGACAUGUGUAAAGUGGUGGGGAUCAUCGAUAAGGUCCUGAUUGUCCAAAGCCUGAUUACAAAGGAGAAAUGUGUUGUUAAAAGCCUGCCCAAGUCGAGCUGGGAGAGCCGGGACCAGCCCACUAUCAUCCCCCAGGGCGUCCCCUAUAUGGUGAAGCUGCUGAGGUACUAUGUCAGUGAGGAUGCUGUGUACCUGCAUCUGGAGCAUGUUCAAGGUGGGAAGCUUUUCUCCAAACUGUCCAAGGUGAGGAACGACCGAGCCAAGGAGCACCCAGAAUGCUACAUUCCCAGCCUGCACACGAUCAAACUGAAGAACAGCUACACCUCCCCUACCAUCAGCUCAGACUACCAGCAGAAUGACAGAGGGGACACAGGGACAACCCCUCUCCUGGAGAGGGAGAACGAGGAGAGCCCAGACACAGACUCCCCUGCAUCUUGGCAUGAGGCUCAGCAUCGUCUGGAAGGCUGUAGGACCCACUCCUACUGCGAGGAGACAGGCUGCCUGCAGAACAACUCAAGGUCUACAGCGCUACAGCCCUCUUUAUCUGGGCCAAUGAGGACAGACAUCAGUCCCCAUAUCCAUCCAGCAGGCCACAGUCAGUGUUUGCACUCUGAAACUCAGGACAACCCUGCUCUUCCUAGUCAUCUGUGCAUCGAUCAGUUUCCUGAUGUCACCUCUGAGCCUUCUGGGAAGGCCACUGGAACAGAAAAAAUUGAAUCCAGUUUGGAUUUUGACGUGGUGUGGAAGGCUGCUGAUCUGACACAGAAUUGUGAGAGUGACUCCGAUAUAGCUGCAGGUAAACCUGUACCUCAAACAACUCAGACCACUUCUGGUGGGACAGGGUCAACAGUGAACUUGAAGAAUCAUUCUAUCAGUUUGUAUUCACAGAAAAGUUAUGUUCCCCUCCAUAAUCAAAGCCAGGCUAGUGAGAUGGCAACUUUGACCUCCUAUGGCUCUCACCAAGGCAGUGUUUCAGGUGGAGACCUUGAGAACACUGUGGGUGUAGAGCUAUCCACACACCAGGAGAGAGGGCAGGAAGAACAGGUAAACCGUCACACUACUGAAAAGAGCAUUGUGAACUUAGUAAGCAGAGACACAGAGACUUCCCAGCCUGGCAGAGCUGUGUAUCCCUCUACAGUAGAUGAGCUGAAGGUCAUGAGGACAUCCUCAGGGAUCUCUCACCCCCCUUCCCUGCCUCACGGUCUCAGUGCUGAGACACAGCAGGGGAACCAGGAAGGCAUCUCCCUGGCCCUCACAGGGGCAAAGUAUCAUGUGGGGCCUCCUUGCAGAGAGCCAAGGGAGGAGGUGGAGGAGGGCUGGGAGCUGAGCCCUUUGAGUAAGGACAUCCCCCAAGGGAAAGGAUCACUGUGUGACCCCAACACCACUGGCCCCACAGGGGCCUCCCCACAGUGUCGGAAGGAGGACAUGAAUGCUUUCCUGAAGUCAAAUGGAUCAGAUGGACAGGGUCAGGAUCAGACCAUUGAGGUAGAGGGCUGGUGCCACCAGCCCAAGUUCCCAGCCAAGGCCUCCAGAGGGAGAGAUGGGGUCAGGCAGGGCUGUUGGGGGCUGCCAGAGGUAGAGGUGCGUCUGUUGGGAGCUCAGAUCCUCCUGGCCCUGGAGAGUCUUCACCAGCAAGGUGUCAUGUGCCGUGACCUCAACCCAAAGAACAUCCUGCUUACCAGCAUCGGAAAGGUCUGCCUGACAUUCUUUGGCCAGUGGAGUGAAGUUCAGUCAGAAACUAACUCUGAAGCUAUGGACCAGAUGUACUGUGCCCCAGAGAUUGGAGGUGUGUCCAAAAUAACAGAGGCUUGUGAUUGGUGGAGUCUGGGGGCAUUGCUAUUUGAACUUCUUACAGGAAUGCCCCUGUGGCAGUUCCACCCAGCCGGGGUACAUUCUCACACCCAGCUUCUGAUCCCAGACCAGCUGAGUACUGCAGCUGCCUCCCUGCUCACUGAGCUUCUGCAGUUUGACGCUGGUUAUCGUUUGGGCUCUGGAGGCGGUGGAGUGAGUGACAUCAAGUGUCACCCCUUCUUCAAUGGUGUCUCCUGGAAGGCACUGAGCAGUUAAAGGUCAACAGACUGUCUGUAGCCAAGUGAAGUUGGGCAGCCACUGCCCCCUUGUGGCUAAAAUAAUUGAAACCCCAGCUCUGGAGCUAUUUCCUGAGCAUCUUGUUAUUCCCAAAGAAUGAUAGAUUAGAAGGGUAAUUCAGAGCACACAGCCAACAUGUCAGCCCUGCAACAACCAAACUCUGCCUGCAGUGUUGUCUUUGUAACCUCCAUGUUUGAAUAAUAGAGGCUAGUGUAAACAUAGUAGGGCAAAAUGUACUCCUGGGUGACUUUUGGGGUAUUUGUUGUACAAAUGACAUGCAAUGCUACUGUUAACAUCCAUGCAUAGCAUCACCAAGUAUGGAAACGGAUGUUUUUCAUUGUCAAACACUUACUACACAAAUACUUUUUGGUCAGCCAAUGGCUGUGAUGAACAACGUUGACAAUAACGUUAGUAAAAUGAAGCAAUGCA